AUGUCUUCGAGCCACCAUACUCUGACUCCCAAUUCUAACAAGUGCCUGAAAAGGGCGUUUGCGCAGGUGGCAGGUCCAAAAGCCGUUUAUUUUCAUGACGUCCAAUACGACAUCCAUAAUACCGCUAUGUCUGUACAGAUGCUGAAUGAGCACAACAACUGCGCACCGAUUGCGUCUACAAAUCGCAGAUCUAGAUCUCUCUCACGAUCGGAAAUAUCUGCCCAACUAGCAUCUUCGCCCCUGUCUCCUCCAUUUCCGUCUUUCAUGUCUACAAUCGCUACUGCCACUACUGUUGCAGAUGGAUCAACUGGUUAUUACAAUGAGGGAAGUGAAAAAAGUCGCUUAGCGCCCAAGAUUCUCCUCGAUGCUGGAGGUUCGAUGGCGUCAACAUCAACUGAAUCAGCCUCAGCCACUUCCACCGCCCCAGUCAAGCCUUCAGCGAUAGUGCAUGGUCUCAGCCAUCCCCGAAGCACUAGCUCAACAGCUCUCAAUCCUCCGCAGAUGCCUUACCAAUAUCUACCGCAGCGAAAACUUAUCCAUCGCGUCUGA